UUUGUCCAGGAGGCUCUGAGUAAGAACGACACCGUCCUCCAGUUCUUCUCCCCUCCGGUGAACUGCAGCGUGGACAUCCAGUCGCUCCGGACGGUCGUGCAGCUGGACAACGAGAAGGAGGACCUGAAGAGCUUCGACUACCACCCGGACCCCUCCUUCAACAAGCUGGACAAGAACGUGAUCACGGAGACCGGCAUCAUCAUCGUGACCGGUCGAGGUUUCGACAAAGCCAUGACGGCCAAAGAGGCCCAGGCGUUUGUUGGAGACGCCUCCUGCCCCGUUAACUUCCUGCAGGAUGAUAAGUUGAUCCUGGAGGCUCCUUCGUUGAAGCCCGGGUCCAGAUCCAAACGCCAGCGCAGAGACACAACCAGCGACAUGCUGGACCUCGUGGUGAAGUUCGGUGACGGCGAGUGGAAGGUGGAUUCAGUGUACUACGCCAGAAAAGACGACAUCCCUCUGGCUACCAUCAUCCCCGCUGUUAUCAUACCGAUGCUGCUCUUCAUCGCCGUGUCCGUCUACUGCUACAGGAGGAAGAGUCAGCAGGCAGAGCGAGAGUACGAGAAGGUGAAACACCAGCUGGAGAAUCUGGAGGAAAGCGUUCGAGAUCGCUGCAAGAAAGAGUUCACAGAUCUGAUGAUUGAGAUGGAGGACCACACCAGUGACCUGAGCGAGGCCCGGAUCCCCUUCCUGGACUACAAAACGUACACCGAUCGAAACUUCUUCCUGCCCACCAAGGACGGCGCCAAUGACACCAUGAUCACGGGAAAAAUACAAAUCCCAGAAGCCCGCAAGGCCAUCGUGGCUCAGGCGCUCAACCAGUUCUCCAACCUGCUGAACAGCAAAACGUUUCUCAUCAAUUUCAUCCGCACGUUGGAGAGCCGUCCGGACUUUAACGCCCGGGCUCGCGGUUACCUGGCCUCCCUGCUGACGGUGGCGCUGCACGGCAAGCUGGAGUAUUACACGGACAUCAUGAGGACGCUGCUGCUGGAGCUGAUGGACGAACACGUGCAGAACAAGAACCCCAAACUCAUGCUGCGGAGGUCAGAGACGGUGGUGGAGAGGAUGCUCUGUAACUGGAUGUCCAUCUGUAUCUAUCAGUUUCUCAGGGACACAGCAGGAGAGCCUUUAUACAAACUGUUCAAGGCCUUGAAGCACCAGGUGGAGAAAGGACCGGUGGACGCCAUGAUGAAGAAAGCCAAAUACACACUGAAUGACACGGGGCUGCUGGGGGACGACGUCGAGUACUCUGUACUGACCCUGCAGGUGUUGGUGCACGGGGAGGGACCAGAUGUGACUCCAGUGAAGGUGUUGAACUGUGACUCCAUCACCCAGGUAAAAGAGAAGAUCAUCGAUCAGGUGUACAGGAACCUGCCGUACUCCCAGAGACCCGAGGUGGAGAGUGUUGCUUUAGAGUGGCGUCCCGGCUCCACGGGUCAGAUCCUGUCCGACCUCGACCUCACCUCCCAGAAAGAGGGACGCUGGAAGAGACUCAACACGCUGGCUCAUUACAAUGUUCGAGAUAACGCCACGCUGGUUCUGUCCAGAGUUCUGCACUCGCAGUCUUUCCACCAGCACCAAGACAGCUACGAAGAGAAAAACGCCCUGCUGGAGGAGGACAACACGUUCCACCUGGUGCGUCCGGCUGAUGAAAUGGACGAUGGGAAGUCAAAGCGAGGCAGCAUGAAGGACAAAGCGAUGACCAAAGCCAUCACAGAGAUCUACCUGACCCGGCUGCUGUCUGUCAAGGGCACUUUGCAGCAGUUUGUGGACGACUUCUUUCGCAGUGUUUUGUGUUCGAGCACCGUCGUCCCGCCGGCCGUCAAAUACUUCUUCGACUUCUUAGACGAACAGGCGCUGAGACACGACAACGUGGACGAGGAGACGCUGCACAUCUGGAAGACUAACAG